CAAGCACCUGAAUUUGGAUCAUGCUACCACGGGGAUUUCGCGAGGGUCACAAGCGGGAGGACCGGCAUAAAUCACAUUACUCAGUGCACCUUUGAACUAUCGCUAAAUGAAUGGCUGUGGGUUGAGAACGACACGGAAGGAGGUAGCUGGAUGAAGUCAGGGAAGCAGUCGGCAUGAGCUUCAAUGGACUCCAGAGGAUGGUGGAGGACAGGAAGGCCUGGAGGAACGUGGUCCAUGGGGUCGCGAUGGGUCGGACACGACUUCGCAACUAACAACAACAUAGAACAUGAUGUUACACCGACAUAAGAGCACUGCACCCGUUAACUUUUUAGGCAAAUAAGAAAAAUAAAAGAGGUGCAGAAAUACAACGCAUGCACACGUGCGCGAGAAACACCCUCCGCUCCCCAACUCCCAAGAUCGGCCGGAUUCCCACGUUGCCAAAAUACACUCAACUCCCGAAUUCUCGCCCGUUCUUGUCCUGUUGCAAGCGUCUUCGGAUUGGUUGGCCAGCCUUCGCGAGGGCGACCAAUAGAACCGCGCCGUGAUGACUUCAUUCUUCGGCCGCCCCAGGUCAGGAUUGGCUGCUUUUCGGUCCCGCCCCUCCCAUCCCCACGUGGGGAAGGGGGAAAUUCCCGGUCCGGCCGCUGAUUGGUCGCGGCGUUGUCGGCGGUGGCUCCUCUGUUGCUGAGAGGAAGCGCGAGAGGCCCGGCCGGGACAACAAGACAGGCCCAGAGCGGACCCCCGCUCCCUGAAUCUAUGCCCAGCCUGGGAGGAAGAUGAAACCAGUGAGAAAGGCUGCCAGUUCCUCCUCUUCCUCCUCUUCCGGUAACAGCAGCUGCAGCCGCUCUCCACCCUCCACCCGGGCCAAAACUCAGAAGCGCAAGACUGCCAUCGACGAGAGCCCUGCGCUCGAAGAAGCAGCAGAAGAGGAGGCGCCCGAUCAACCCCCAGCAUUUGUGGGUGCCCGGCGCCUGCAAGUACAGAUGGACCCCAGCUUGCGGGACUUGGCCGGAGUUCACGAUGACCCUUACAAACUGCCCGAAGGGGAAACACAGGCGGGGCCCGAGGCCUGCGGGACAGAAGCCUCCUUAAACCGCAAGACGGCUACUUUUAAGUCGCGGGCGCCAUGCCGGAAGUACCCCGGGGGUGAAGAAUCGAACGGCAACGAGAACGUAGCCGCCACCUUGGUGGAUGAGCCUCGGCGCUGCCCUUCUUCCAGCACGGACACAGCCAGCGAACAUUCCGCAGACGAGAACGACAAGGGGUUGGGGAACAUGUGGCCGACACCCUCCAGCGUGUACGACCUGCGCCAGCUGCGUUCCCAGCGGGUGCUGGCUCAGCGGGACGGGCUCUUCCAGCCAGCCAUUGUGAAGCAGGUCAGACGAGGGCAGGACUUGGGGGUGCAGUUUGUGGGGGACCGGGUCACGGCGUAUUAUGAAAGGGCUCUGGGAUCCGCUACGGUGGAUAUUGUGCUGGACGCUACCCCUCCCCCUGGAGCUUUGGCUGUGGGCACCCCAGUCUGUGCUUGUGUGGACCCCGAGGAGACCGCGUACCAGGAAGGCACGGUGGUGGAAGUCAGUGUCAAACCUGCUUCUUACAAAGUGCGAUUCACCCAUCCAGUGGUUCUCCCGGGAACUGCCAGUGCCGCUCGCAAAGACUUCGCCUGGGUACCCCGCUCGGCCCUGCGCCUCCUGCGCUCCCCGUGGCAUUGUGACAAUCCUGAAGACAACAAGCCACCCGAAACAAUGCCUCCAUUGCCAGAGCCAGAGGAAGUUGCUCUGGCCCACUCGUGCCCCGAGUCCAAGCAGCCCGAAGAUGCAGAAGUAUCCAAGAUCAGUGCUGGGGUGCGGGCAGAGGAGAAGUCCGUGGUGGUGCCACCCCAGAUCCUGUCCCCCCCAAAGUCGCCAGCCUUCCCUCGCCUUCCUGAGCAGCGAUCGCCUUUGCUGAGUCCGGAAGCGAGCGGAAGCCGCAGCAGCAGCGUGAUGUCCGUGGAUAAGUGCAGCACGCCGGGGUCCUCUCGCUCCCGUACGCCCCUCACCGCCGCCCAGCAGAAGUACAAGAAAGGGGACGUGGUGUGCACCCCCAACGGCAUCCGCAAGAAGUUCAAUGGGAAACAAUGGCGGCGACUCUGCUCGCGAGACGGCUGCAUGAAGGAGUCCCAACGACGGGGUUACUGCUCACGUCACCUCUCCAUGCGCACCAAGGAAAUGGAAAGCCUCUCGGAAGGCCGAGCUAGUGGUCUGCGGGAAGGCAGCGCCGAAUUUGACUGGGACGAGACGUCGCGGGACAGUGAAGCCAGCAGCGCCCGAGGAGACUCGCGGCCUCGGCUGGUGGCUCCUGCCGAUUUGUCGCGCUUUGAGUUUGACGAGUGCGAAGCUGCCGUCAUGCUGGUGUCCCUGGGCAGCUCCCGUUCGGGCACCCCAUCUUUCUCGCCAGUCUCCAACCAGUCCCCAUUCUCCCCUGCCCCCUCUCCGUCCCCUUCCCCUCUCUUUGGCUUCCGUCCAGCCAAUUUCAGCCCCAUUAACGCCUCACCCGUAAUACAGCGGGCUGCCGCUCGCAGCCGCCACGUGAGUGCCAGCACCCCAAAGGGACUCGGGGGUGCGGUGCUGAGCCCUGAGAUGUUGCACCACGCCACCUCCCGGGAGCGCCAUCAUUCGGGCAUCAGCUUCCAGACCAACCUUACCUUCACCGUGCCAAUGAGUCCCAGUAAGCGGAAAGCCGAGUCGCACCACAGCAGCACCAGCUCGGCGGCUGACUUCCACAAGAACGACAGUCUUGACUCGGGCGUGGAAUCCAUUUCCCACACCCCUACCCCUUCCACUCCCGCUGGCUUCCGGGCCGUGUCGCCUGCGGGCACUGGGCCCUUUUCCUCGCGCUCCCAGCAGGCCUCCCCGCUCUUGCUGGUGCCCCCGCCAGCUGGACUGACCUCCGACCCAAGUCCCACCGUGAGGAGGGUGCCUGCGGUGCAGAGAGACUCCCCCGUGAUUGUGCGCAACCCCGACGUCCCGCUGCCUUCCAAGUUCACGGAGAAGCCGCUGGAGAGCCGAGGGGGCAGCCCAAGGAUGGGGAAAGCCGGCUCCAAGGAACACCUGUCGGGCAAAGGGCAGUUGCAAAUGCCGGUGCCCAUCAAUGUGGGCCGAACUCUGCCUUCCAGCCAGCCGAGUGUGGUAUCUGUCCCUGAACAAGCCCCGCCCGUCUUCAGCGUGUCCUCCCCAUUUCAGCCUGUGGCCUUCCAUCCUUCCCCAGCUGCCCUCCUGCCUGUCCUUGUCCCCGGAGAGUACACCAGCCAUCCUACUCCCAAGAAGGAGAUCAUCAUGGGAAGACCUGGCACAGUGUGGACAAAUGUGGAGCCUCGAUCUGUGGCAGUGUUCCCAUGGCACUCACUAGUGCCCUUCCUGGCUCCCAGCCAGCCAGAUUCCUCCGUACAGCCCAGUGAAGGCCAGCAGCCUGUCAGUCACCCGUCCACGUCCAAUCAGAACAAAGAACCUCCUGAAUCGGCUGCGGUGGCCCACGAACUCCCCGGGUUGUCUUCGGAGGCCGAUAGUGCAGGGAGGCCGACCCCCUCGCACCCCGACAGCCCCACUCCAGUUGCCCAACCUUCUACGGUGAUUCCAGGGGGAAGUGGGGGUCCGCCUCAGCAUGAUGAUGACCUCCCAGGGCACCCACGCCUGGACAGCGAGACAGAGAGCGACCACGACGACGCGUUCCUAUCCAUUUCAUCUUCUGAGAUCUCAAUCCCACUACUGCCAGGCAAGCGGCGCACCCAAUCUCUGAGCGCACUGCCGAAAGAGCGCGAUUCCUCUUCCGAGAAGGAUGGCCGCAGUCCAAACAAGAGAGAAAAGGACCACAUUCGGCGGCCAAUGAAUGCUUUCAUGAUAUUCAGCAAACGACACCGGGCCCUGGUGCACCAGCGGCACCCCAACCAAGACAACCGUACCGUCAGCAAGAUCCUGGGCGAGUGGUGGUACGCUUUGGGGCCCAAGGAGAAGCAGAAGUAUCACGACUUGGCCUUCCAGGUGAAGGAGGCCCAUUUUAAAGCACAUCCCGACUGGAAGUGGUGUAACAAAGAUCGGAAGAAGUCCAGUUCGGAUAUCAAAACUGCCGGGCCAGGCAGCUGCCCCAAGGAGAUGCGUGAACGCAGCAUGUCAGAGACAGUUGCUUCUGAAAUGCUGCUGGGCCCAGAUGUUAAGGCAGGCGUCAUGGGAUCUGGGCACUGCCACGGGGAGCGAAUCCUGCCCUCGGCACCUGAUGCUCAGCGCCCACGGGCCUUUUCCCACAGCGGUGUUCAUGGCAUGGACAGUGACCGGGACAAUCAGGUGUUGCAAGAGCUUACCCAGAUUUGCUCGGGACAGUCUCCGUAUGCCAGCGGGAAGGGUCAGUAUGGGGGGCUGGGCCCCUCAGGGUCCCCCUUCGCAACCCCAGGCGAGGGUCCCCGUCAUUCCCUGCACCCACAUUCCUCCCGUGCCUCUCGUUCUCAACGCACCACCAGUGAGGACAUGACCAGUGACGAGGAGCGCAUGGUGAUCUGUGAGGAGGAAGGGGACGAUGAUGUCAUUGCUGAAGAUGGGUUCAACCCAGCUGACGUCGACUUGAAGUGCAAAGAGCGAGUGACGGACAGCGAUAGCGAAGGAUCCUUAGGGGAUGAACCUGACACCAAGGACUUUGGACGGAAGCUCUUCGCCCCGGUGAUCCGGUCAGCAGCCCUGCCUCCUUCUUCUGCCGCCUUCGCCCCAUGUCGCCCACCCCCUCCUCUGGACUUGGAGCCACCCCCACCUCACGAGGAGCAGACCCCACCCAAACCUUACAGUUCCUUCCAGAUGUCCCCCAGCACCUUCAAGUCCCAAGACUCGCACGGAGCGCUCCGUCCCCACAACACCCCAACCAAGCGCUUGGAGGCCCGCUUUGACCCAGCGGCUGCCCCCUACAGGCGGAAGAGAGUGGACAGCGCAGGCGGUCCCCAGGGGCCCCCUGAGGCCGGAACAACUCCCCUCUCUGUCCCCGCCCACUCCGUCAUCUCUCCGCCCAGCGGGGCGAUGCAGACGCUGGUGCUUCCGGAUUCGACCCGCUUGUCCACUGGCACCGUGCUGGUGACCGCCCCAUCCCUCAGCACCCCGAGCAUGGGGGUGAUCGGCUACAGCGGAUCGCCCAGCUUGGUCCGGACUGCCUCCACCGUGGUCACCAACGUGGUCAAGCCCGUUAGCAGCACUCCUGUACCUAUUGCCAGCAAACCUUUCCUGCGGGCGACGGGGGAGGCGCUGCCGCUGGUCAGCCCCCCGCUGUCCGACGGCAAUGCGAAGGCCGAAGGGAUUUCCGUCGGCCGGCUCGGCUUGCUCUACACCGAUAAAAAGACGCCGCAGGCCUCUGCCAUGGCUGGGAUCCAAGCCACCUCUCCUCACUUAGUCGCUGGACCGCUUCUGGGCCAAAGCUUGGCUGCGGUGGGGAAGUGCCCUCCCACCCAAGGAAGUGUCGUGACCAAUCUCCUGGUAGGAACCCAAGGUUACAGCCAAGCCAGCGGUGCCGGAGGAGCUGGCGUCCCCGUGACUGUUUUGCCAACUGGGGCCAUUGCCCAGCAGCCUUCUGUCCAGUUCAUCACCCAGAAUCCCUCCGGACAGAAUGGGCCGGUGCCACUUAGCAUCCUGCAGCCCCAAGGCAUUUUUUCGGGCGCAGCAGGAAAAGCUGGGAGCAUCACUCAGGUUCAGUACAUCCUACCUACCUUGCCUCAGCAGCUGCAGGUGGCCGGGGGGAAGAUUCCAACAGCAGCAGGCACACCCGCGGCCGCCAGCAUUCACUUCACCCUGCCUCCCCCCAACGGGAAAGUCAUCACUGCCCCCCAAGCCAUCCCCAUCAUCCAGCCCGCCCCGGGAAGCAACAGCAACAGUGUUACCGUCAUGUCCUCGGCACCCAAAGUUCAGUCCGUGUCCCCCGUACAGGCGCAGUCUCCCAGCAAUUCAGCCCACCUGGUGUCUGGGCAGGUGAUGCCCUCCGCAGGGCUACAGGUGCAAGGCAAAGUCUUGGUGCCUAUGGCAGCCUCCCAGGUGACAGUAAGGACCACCUCAGCCGCUCAGCUGCCUCUGGUUACUCCGCCUUUCCCUGUCCCGGUGCAAAAUGGAAGUCAGCCAGCCAGCAAGAUUAUUCAGCUCACUCCAGUGCCAGUUGUCCAGCCUCAGUCCUCUUCCCAGAGCAGUGCCACCUUGGUGCCCCCACUUAGCCCUGCUGCGCUCCAGGGCACCAUGGCCACCGCUGUCAUUGGUUCCCCGAGCCAGGCCCAGAAAGUCCUGUUGCCCUCCUCCUCAACCAGGAUCACCUAUGUGCAAUCAGCAGCUGGACAUGCUCUCUCCCUGGGCACCUCAACUUCUCAUUCUCAACCCAGCAUCCCCCCGGCUGCUCCUACCACCACCUACGUCCAGUCCCCAGUGGGGCCUGCCCCCAUGGCACUGGGUUUCACAGCUAUUGGGCCACUGCUCUCAGGUCAUAAUCCUGUGCUGGCUUCGGGACAAGUGGGGGUGUCCCCACUUCAGAGCCCUCAACUCCCAGUUUCCGGUGCCGGUCAAGGGCAGGUCAUCACCGCUGUCUACCCCACCCCCACAGGGACCAGUCCUAUCCAGUCCGCUAGUCACAGCGUGGUCUACUCAGUGGCCGCCACGGGCUCUACCACGGUCUCCUCUCCCACAGCCAUUCUGCCCAAGGGGGGGAGCGCCAGCCAGAACCCCGGGAUUUCCAACCACAGCCUGAUUUCCACAGGCCCCCAAAUUCCCCGGCUCCCCUGACUGGAGAACAGCCGGCCCAGAGGCUCGUCCUGAGGCUUCGGCUUCAUCCGCCGCUCCCCCUUCCUCCUCUUCGCUGAGUCCGAUGCCGUCAAACCCCGGGGAGGGCUCCCGAAGUGGCGCUUCCACUCUGCCCCCAGCAGCCGCCCCUACAACCGAUGGCCUUGAGCCUAAGGAGGGUCCAGGUGGGAAGAAAGUGAAGGUCCGGCCUCCCCCUCUGAAGAAAACCUUCGAUUCUGUCGACAAGGUUCUCUCCGAAGUGGAUUUUGAGGAGCGCUUCGCCGAGCUGCCCGAGUUCAAGCCGGAAGAGGUCUUGCCUUCCCCUACGCUGCAGUCCCUUGCCACCUCUCCGCGGGCCAUCCUGGGUAGCUACCGCAAGAAGCGCAAGAACUCCACCGACCUUGACUCCUCCACGGAAGACCCCAUCUCCCCCAAACGGAAGAUGCGGCGUCGCUCCAGUUGCAGUUCGGAGCCCAACACUCCCAAGAGCGCCAAGUGUGAAGGGGACAUCUUUACUUUUGACAAAACAGGCACAGAUACGGAUGACGUCCUUGGGGAACUGGAGUAUGAGAAGGUGCCCUACUCUUCACUCCGACGGACCCUGGAUCAGCGGAGAGCUUUAGUCAUGCAGCUCUUCCAGGAUCAUGGCUUCUUCCCUUCCGCCCAAGCCACUGCAGCUUUCCAAGCCCGCUACUCGGACAUUUUCCCCACCAAGGUCUGCUUACAACUGAAGAUCCGGGAAGUGAGGCAGAAGAUUAUGCAGGCAGCCACUCCGACGGAGCAAGCCCCCAGCACGCCGGAACCCGGAGGCACCCCGGGCAGCGUGGCGGGGGGCAGCAGCGCAGAGGGACAGCUGGCGGAGUUGGGCCUCCCGCAAGACUCCGCCCAGAGCACAGAGGCUGCCCCCCCAGCAGCCAGCCCUUCCGCCACAGCCGCUGGCUGGGACUGUAGCCAGCAGUCUUCCCCAGGGACAGCCGGCAGCAGCACCGCUGCUCCCACCAGCAGCAGAUGAAGAGCCACCCCCAACAGCAAGCGAGAAAAGCUGCCGCCUGAAGGGUGGGGGAGCCCCAGAGCUUUACCAGCCCCCCACCCUUGCCCUGCUCCUCACUGGUGCCCCUCCCUUUGCUAACCUCACCUGCUCUCUUCUGUGACUGUACGGGAGAAGCUUCCGCAACCUGUAGACACUGCCUGGGCUCCUUGCAGGCCUCUUCAGCCAUUCUGAUCCGACAUGGAUGGGCCCUCUGCACCUUCCCUCCUCCCAAAAGAACUCAAGCGGUGGUGCUGACCUAUUGACCAUUCCAGGCCACAGGCCAGGAGACCCCUGAGGGGAGGGGGGGGGGGGGUGUCUUCUGCCAGAAGGCUCUCCCAGGCGUACCAAACCCACCCCUGUAAAAUGACAGACCUCGUGUUGAUUUCCUCUC